UAUAACACAGGCCGUGUUAUGGAUCAUGUAAAAACUAAGUCCUAAAGUAAGUGUUUUCUUAUUGUAAUUGUGUCACCAUGGUUACAAGUGGCAACCGGCUAAACACAUCUUUACUCUUUGUGAUUGUCACAAAGCCACAUGUCACAUGAUUAUGAUGUCACAUAGAUUUUCUUUGCUGCUGGUUUUUUACCUUAGAUGCCUGUCCAUCGUACCAUUUUGGUACUCUUUUUCUUUUAUUUUGUUUUUUUUUCUCCUCGUAUUUGAGUACCAUUGCCGACCUGUAUUGAGACAUUUUCAACUAAAUGAUUCACCGCAGAAUCAUUCUUAAGGGGACUGACACAUAAAACUGUCUGCAGAUCUGCGUGAAUGUUUCCGAGCAAAGAUGCAGCGGUUCUCUUAACGCUCCAGUCGGAUGCCGUUGGAGGUCUGCCUGUCACUGGUGGGUGUCGAGAAGUCCUGAUUUGAUGGGGAGCCAGUGGUUUCAUGCCUGUAAAGACAUGGCUUGGAAAGGUUUUGCCCUCUUCCCACUCCAGUGUCAGGAACCAGAGGAUGGAGUGUUCCACUUUACCAGUGACGACUGAGUGCCAGAUCUCCUCUCCCACCUGUGAAUACAAAAUGGAGGAAGUUUUAGGGGCUGGGUCCUUUGGCGAGGUGGUCCAGUGCAGAAAGCUGUCGUCGGGCGAGACCGUCGCUUUGAAGGUGAUCAAGGACAGCAGCAAGAUGGAGGAGGCCAAGGAUGAGGAACGUGUUUUGAUCGAGCUGAAAGCACGAGGCUCGGACCGGUACAACAUAGUCAACUGGAAUGACUCCUUCACCUUCCAGGGGCAGUUUUGUCUGGAGUUUGAGAAACUUGACAUGAACCUUCAUCAGCUGCUCGAGUGUCGCCUGCCUCUGUCGCUGAUGGAGAUCCGACCAGUUCUUCAGCAGCUGACAACUGCACUGCAGUUCCUGAAGAGUGUGGGGAUUGUCCACUGCGAUCUGAAGCCAGACAACAUCAUGGUGGUGGACCACCUGCAGUUGCCACUGAAGGUGAAAGUCAUCGACUUUGGCUUGGCUCUACAUACGUCAGAGCUGUCUCGGGGCACGACAGUGCAGAGCAUGUGGUACCGAUGUCCCGAAGUGCUGCUGGGACACGAGUGCAAUGAGGCCAUCGAUGUAUGGUCUCUGGGCUGCAUCGCUGUGGAGCUGCUGCUUGGUCAUUCCCUGUUUGACGGCUGUGAUGAGUACAGCAUGCUGUCACAGAUCAACACCAUGCUCGGAAAACUGCCAGCCAGCCUCCUCAACGCGGGAAUAUUCACAUCGUGCUUCUUCCGCAAGAAAGCCAAAAAAUGGAGAUUGAAGAACCGGGCAGAAAUUAUCACAGCUUAUGACGGCACUCAACCUUUAAACAAACUUUCAGAUCUUUUAGAGGCUCGUUUUGUGCGACCAAUCAACUGCACCGAUGAGGACUGGUGCGCAAUGCAGUGUGACCUGGAGAUCUUUGUGGAUUUAGUUGCGUCGAUGCUUCUGAUGUCACCGCAAAAACGGGCUCGGCCUUGUCAAAUUCUGGAGCACAAAUUCAUUUCCAUGAGCCACUUUGAUGGCAAAUUCCCAAACAGCGCUUACGUCAGGCUCUGGCGCGACUGCAUGGAGGUGGACACCGCUCGGCCCGUAUGCAACAUGUCCAGCUUCACAUGCGGCGAUCACACCACCGAGCCCAAGGUGCUGGAGAAGUCGGUCAUCACCAUCAACGGCGGCCAAUCCUGGCAAACGGGCAACCACGGCCGCGUGAAGAGGAAACGAGACGUGGGGGACGAUGACCACAUCAGCCGGUAGGUGGUCGCAAGAAGUACCAUCCUUCAUAUUAAAGAGAUACAAAUGAGAAUCCCGGUCGACACAGUGCGUCACCUGUGAGUAAGAGGAGCAGCAGGGAUGCGGAAGUCAUCUACUUGUCAUCCAUCGACAGCUCCAGGAAGGGCGGGGGUGGCGUGACGCAGCAGCCGCACGCCGGCCACAUGAAAUUCCUCCACAUGGAACGUGGCGACGCCACGAUCCGGCGGAAGAAGAGCAAGGCGACGACGCAGGCGCACACUUCGGAAGAAGUCCAGGGGAGGAUCUGUGAAUUAUGAUUCUAUGAAAAAAAAAUGUAUUGGUUUUAUUACUCAAUUGAUUAUAAGGUUUAGAAUAGGGAAGGUAUUCAUAUGGCCCCGUUCCUGGGUGGAUUUGACGUGGAACGAAUCAAUCAAUCAAUCAAUCAAUGUUUAUUUAUAUAGCCCUAAAUCACAAGUGUCUCAAAGGGCUGCACAAGCCACGACGACAUCCGUGGCACAGAGCCCACAUAAGGGCAAGGAAAAACUCACAACCCCAGUGGGACGUCGAUGUGAAUGACUGAGAAACCUUGAAGAGGACCGGUCUCCCGCCCCUCUAAGGGAGACCGGAUGCAAAAGUAAAACUGAACUGGCUACAAAGUAAACAGAAACAGAAUGCUGGACGACAGCAAAAACUUACGGCGUCCACAAAGUACAUCCGUGACAAUCAACAAUGUCCACACAAAGAAGGAUAGCAACAACUUAAAUAGCUUUGCUUGUUAACGCAAAGCAGGUGCGGGGAAUAGCGCUCAAAGGAAGACAUGAUACUGCGACAGGAAAACACCAACAAAACAGGAAGGGCCACCAAAAUAACAGCGCAAGACAAGAACUUAAGCACAGGAAAACCCCAACAAACUCAACAUAAGGCACGACGACCUGGUGGAGUAUCAUUUUUUACCGUUUUCUGCUGGUGGUGUGCCUCCGUACUUUUCAAUCAAUCAAUGUUUAUUUAUAUAGCCCUAAAUCACAAGUGUCUCAAAGGGCUGCACAAGCCACGACGACAUCCGCGGUACAGAGGCUACAUAAGGGCAAGGAAAAACUCACCGCAGUGGGACGUCGAUGUGAAUGACUAUGAGAAACCUUGGAGAGGACCGCAAAUGUGGGUGACCACCCCCCUUCUAGGGGAGACCGGAUGCAAAAGUACAACUGAACUGGCUACAAAGUAAACAGAAACAGAAUGCUGGACGACAGCAAAAACUUACGGCGUCCACAAAGUACAUUCGUGACAAUCAACAAUGUCCACACAGGAAAACACCAACAAAACAGGAAGGGCCACCAAAAUAACAGCGCAAGACAAGAACUUAAGCACAGGAAAACCCCAACAAACUCAACAUAAGGCACGACGACCUGGUGGAGUAUCAUUUUUUACCGUUUUCUGCUGGUGGUGUGCCUCCGUAGUUUUCAAUCAAUCAAUCAAUGUUUAUUUAUAUAGCCCUAAAUCACAAGUGUCUCAAAGGGCUGCACAAGCCACGACGACAUCCGCGGUACAGACCCUACAUAAGGGCAAGGAAAAACUCACCGCAGUGGGAUGUCAAUAAGAAUGACUAUGAGAAACCUUGGAGAGGACCGCAAAUGUGGGUGACCACCCCCCUUCUAGGGGAGACCGGAUGCAAGAGUACAACUGAACUGGCUACAAAGUAAACAGAAACAGAAUGCUGGACGACAGCAAAAACUUACGGCGUCCACAAAGUACAUUCGUGACAAUCAACAAUGUCCACACAGGAAAACACCAACAAAACAGGAAGGGCCACCAAAAUAACAGCGCAAGACAAGAACUUAAGCACAGGAAAACCCCAACAAACUCAACAUAAGUCACGACGACCUGGUGGAGUAUCAUUUUUUACCGUUUUCUGCUGGUGGUGUGCCUCCGUAGUUUUCAAUCAAUCAAUCAAUGUUUAUUUAUAUAGCCCUAAAUCUAAAAGUGUCUCAAAGGGCUGCACAAGCCACGACGACAUCCGCUGUACCGAGCCCACAUAAGGGCAAGGAAAAACUCACAACCCCAGUGGGAUGUCGAUGUGAAUGA